GAAAAGAGGGCGCGGAUCGCAGUCCCGGAAGGGUUGCUUGACGUUGCGGAUUAUAAAAAGUUGCAAGUGAUUGUCGCAGCAACUUGCGCGCACUCCCUCCGCUUGCAUUGCUGAACUGAGCCACGAGAGCGGUUUCGCAGAGCGGGCUUCAGAGAGCGGUCGAGCCAGUCGGCAGCGACCGCGCACGCAGUGACGAGCAGCGAGUCGCGCAAGGCCAGCCAUGGGCGGCCCCUACGGUGGUGGCGGCUCCUACGGUGGCGGCAAUUACGGCAAAGGCGGCGGUGGCUACGGCUCCCCGCAGGGCGGCCACGGCAAGGGCUACGGGGGCCCGCCUCGGGAUAACUAUGGAGGAGGCAAGGGCGGCUACGGCCAAGGGAACUACGGUGGAGGCAAGGACGGAGGCGGCAAGGGCUACGGCCGCGGCGGCGGCCAGCCGUACGGGCGGGGCGGCGGCUACGCGCCCGGCAAGGGCCCCUACGACCCGCGGUCGCCCAACGCGGGCAAGGGCAAAGGUGGCGGCUUCCGCGCGGGCGGCGGCGGCAGCAAGGGCGGCGUGGGGGCGCCGAUGACCCCCGAGGACGCGCGCCUGAACAGCGAAAUUACAAGGAUGCCCAAGGGCCAGGGGCCCCAGGGCUUACUCCGGUUACUGAGCCAGGCCGGCGACCUGAGGAAAGCGAACCCCGUGGUGCUGGCGGGUGCCUUGCAUCGCCUGUCGAAGAUGGGUUUUCAGGCUCGAGGUCGAUUAGAUCCGGUCUUCAAGGGUUUAUUAGAUUCGACAGAGGCGCAAUUAUCGAACGCGGACCAGUGGUCGUCGAGGCAUCUCGUGAACGCGGCGUACGCCGUGGCCAAGCUGAGAGUGACGCCCCAGGACACUCGAGCUUACAAUGCCUUCGCGCAAGCUUCCUCCCAGCGGCUGCAGCACUUCAACGCCCAGGACAUCUCGAAUUUGAGUCCGUAACAGUGUCCGCGAGUCUCGCCCGAAACGCGCUCGAAAUCGGAGGCGAGUCGCGUCGAUGGCGUAACUAGCUCCCCGCGCGCAGGCUGGGCCUUUGCCACCGCCGACGCGCGCGAUCCCGACAUAAUACAGGUCGUCGCCCAGCUCCCGAAGCACGCCCACGCCAAAUUAUCCACGUUUACGUCGCAGGGCCUGGCGAACACGUGCUGGGCCCUCGCGACGCUCGGCGUCGGCUCCGCGGAGGACUUGACGCCCUUCGCUAGAGAGAUAGAAGCUAGAGCGGACGAGUUCAAGCCCCAGGUACGUCUUUUUUUCUUGUUGAUGUCAUUCGUACUGUAUAGGAAUUGUCAAAUGCCAUGUGGGCCUUCGCGCGGCUGCAGAUCCCCGACGAGCGCUUCUUCGAUUUGCUGGGCGACAUGUGCGUGCGCAAGAUGGAGCUGUUUAAUGCGCAGAACCUGACGAACGUCGUCCGCCGGCUGUGUGGAAAUCAACCAGUGGUCGGGUGCACUCAUGUCUGAAUCGAGUGGUGUAAGACCCACAUCGCCACGCCGUCGAGCCGGCGUCGCGUCGAUGGCGUGGAGGUCAUGAUUGAUUCACGCAGGUCUGGGCCUACGCGACGGUGGGCCUGCGGCACGAGCGCUGCUUCGCGGCGACGGUGGCCUGCUCCCUACGAGCGUUGGACGGCUUCAACGCCCAGAACCUCAGCAAUACGAUCUGGGCCUACGCGCGGAGCGAGUUCUACUCCCCCAACCUGAUCGCGGCCAUCGCCGCGCGGACGGCGCGCUCGCGGCGUCCCGUUUCUUUUUUGAGGACGAGGCCGUUUUUGACGGAAACGGACAUGCGCCCCGCAGGCGUCCAAGCUCCACGAGUUUAAUUGCCAAAAUUUGUCGAACACGGCCUGGGCCAUCGGGCGACGAGUGAGCGAAGGUCCCGAGGUGAAGCAUCCCGCGGAGAAGGCCGUCUACCACCGAGCACUCACGCUCAUCGUGCAGGAGGCUCAUCGAAGACUAGACGAGAUGGAGGCCCAAAACUUAGUAUCGUUGGGCUACGCUAUUGUUAUUUCGAACUUCGAGGCGCCGGAUUUCCUCUUCAGAGCACUACCGGAACGCUUGGCGAAAGUUUGUGGUAGAGCCAACGCCCAGGAUCUGUCGAACGCGGUCUGGGCCACGGCCAAGGUCGGCGGUGGGAACUCUGAUCAGACGGGAGCGAGGACCUUCUUCAUCGUCGAGGAAGAGGUCCUGAGAAGAGGUGCUGCCCGCUUAGAAAACCCGCAAAACAUCAGUAAUACCGCCUGGGCCUUCGCGAAGGCCGGCCAAGGUAGUGAUGGUCUCUGGGCUUUACUCGCCGAUGCGGCUACGCGACGCAUGUCGCAGUUCAAGGCCCAGAACUGCUCCAAUACCUUAUACGCCUUCGCCGUCGCACAGAGAAAAGACCACCACGCCCUCUUCGAGGCCGUGUCUCGGGAGAUCCUACAGCGCGCGGAAACUGACCUAGGCAGCCAAGACCUCGCGAACAUGUCCUGGGCCUUGGCUACGCUUGGGUUCGUGAUGCCCGAGGAUGACGGGGGACGGGGCACGUUGCAGAAGCGAGGAGGUGUUACAAAUAACGUCACUACCGCUCCGUGGUUGGGACCGACGUUGGAGGCGUUGUCGCGAGGCGCCCAGCGCAGCUGUCGAAAGUUCAACCCGCAGCACCUCGCGAACACGGCCUGGCGCGCUCCCCGUGUCUGAUCUGCACGCCGUCGACGCGACGCCAUACUCGUACGACGCGCCAUCGACGACGCGUAUCCCGCGCAGGGCCUACGCCAAGCUUAACAAACGAGACCCGCAGCUCAUGGAGCACAUCGCGCGCGCCGCCGAGCCCAUUCUGGAUUCAUUUAAACCUCAAGAAAUUAGCAAUAUGACCUACGCCUUCGCGAAGACGCAAUCGGCGCGAGGUUCGGAGUUUCUAUUCGCGUCGAUAGCCAAACAAGUUACUCGUAGAGUAGAAGAGUUCGGCCCGCAAGACGUCAGCAACACGCUCUGGGCCUUUGCGGCCUCGGACGCGCCGUUGGGCACGGAUCUGUUUGUGGCCUGUGCACCGAUAGUAGCGAGAAAUAUGCGGAAUCAAAAAAUGGACUGGAGAACACCUCAAAGAGUAGCAACAGUAGCUUGGUCGUAUGCGCGAGCCGCCGUGUAUGCUCCGGACUUGUUUCAAGCUUUGGCGGAUGCGGCGUUAGCUAUAUUGGAUGACUUUCUGGCGGUAGAUGUCUCAAAUGUGGCCUGGGCCUUCGCUGCUGCUGGAGAAACUGAUCGAAGUGACUUGUAUGAGGCGUUGUUCGAACGAGCCCGAGUACUAGGCGCAGUGUUCGCGCCGCAGGAGUUAGCCAACGUCGUUUGGUCCUACGCGGGUUUAGAUGAUCCGGAAGCGUGCCGGCGCAUGUGGUGCUUCAUGUUCGAAGGCCCCCCGUGGGACCCGAAUCAGUUGGAUGAAGUGGCCAAAUCGCAGUUACAACAAGCUUGGUUGCGACUGACGCGCGACUCUAGGAUUACGGGCGAAGUCCCACCCUUACCGGAAGCCUGGCGCCGCGACUUCGCGGAGUCGUUCAAGAUCACGGAGAAGUCGUUAGGUUCUCGUACUCAAGACCAGGUGUCGUUCGUGUUGAAUGAGAUCGGGUGGUCCCAUUCUACGGAACACUACGACUCCGAGUCAGGGUUAUCGUUGGACAUGGCCCAGAUCCCGACGAAGACCGCCGUCGAGUUCGACGGCCCCGUGCACUACUUUGCCAAUGAGCCCUGGAUGCUCACGGGUCGAUCGAAACUGAAACGACGGCUAUUAGAUCUAACAGGUUGGGAGGUCGUCUAUAUUGAUUAUAGAGACUGGGAUAGCGCAACAGAUAAGGUCGACUGCGUCUUCAAGGCGUUCGCGAAGCAUGGGGUGGAUCCUCAGGUCGCGCAGCGGGACGCGCAUCUCACGAGAGCAUUGCCCGAGGCCGAGUCGUCGGCGGAUUUUGUUCAACUGCAGCGGUACGCCCAGCAACGACUCAUGCCGACCUUCACGCCGGGCGACGGGGCGGGCUUCGUCGUGGACUACACGCCGGGGGGCGGUGGCGCGCCGGGGCACUACGGGGUCUGA